AUGAACUUUUCUGUGGAUGAAGUCAGAAAUCUGGAACACUUUGAGGAAUAUUUAAUAUUAGUAAGCGUUUUCCUUGGAUUCAUCAUCAUUUGCAUCAAUGGAUCAUUUGUUUUCACUUUGUUCAAAAGUUCAGUUUUCUAUAACAAUCCAAGAUAUGUUUUAUACACACAUUUGGUUAUUAAUGACAUGAUUAUGGUUGGUGUCUCUGUGACACUCCUUGUAAUGUCAUAUACAUGGUAUAAUGUAAGUGUCUCACACUGUUGUGUAUUAAUAAUGUUAAGUGCAGCCACUCAGAAGAACACAUCACUAAUCUUGGCUGCUAUGGCAAUAGAACGUUACAUUGCCAUCUGUAAACCUUUGCAUCAUUCUCAGAUCUGUACACUGCACAGAACUUUUAUUCUUAAUGUUUUGAUAUGUGGAGUUGGACUUAUUCCUCCACUAACAGACCUGAUUAUUUCUGCCAUACUAUUUCCUUUGUUUAUUUUUAACACUGUUACUGUCUGCUCUUCAUCAUUUUUGUACAAUACCAUUUACCAUGAUCAAAGGAAGCAAGAUGUACAGAUAAUUUACACAUUCUUUGUAUGGAUAAUUCUUGUCUACACUUAUUAUAGGGUGAUGAUUGCAGCAAGAAAGAUGUCAAGUGACAAGGAAUCUACUAAAAAAGCCAAGAGCAAAAUUCUAUUGCAUGGAGUACAGCAAUUGCUCUGUAUGUUGUCCUAUGUCCCUCCUGUGCUAGACUUGAUUUUUGACUUUUUGAUUUUAGACUAUUUGAACAAGCUGUGA